AUGGGCUCGUCCAACAUCGUACUACUUAUUGCUACAGUGGUCUUGCUAGGACUUACUGGCAGCUCGGCUAAAGAAAGGAGACCUACAAUUAUCUCGGAAGAUGCAUCACCCAAGCUGGAAUACCCGCCCGCAUCUAUCAAACAGGUUGCGAGCGACGCAAAACCGCUUCUAAGAUAUCUCAAAAUGGCUGGUAAACCGGAGGAAGAAGAGCGAGCUGGUAUAAAUGUUUCCUUCUUGAAGAAUCUGCAGAAGAAACUACCGGGGGCAGACGCACUCAAGUCGGCAGCAGCUGCAAAGGCGGCGGCAGCGCAAGCGAAGAAAGCACAAGCUGCGGCAAAAAAGGCGCAAGCGGCCGCAGAGAAGGCAAAAAUGGCGAACAUGUUUAAAAUCACAUCAACAAGAGAUGAUCAUCUCUUCUUGAAAUUUAACGAGUGGAAAAACCCGGGGAAAACAGAUCUGCAAGUUAUUGACGGCGUUUAUUCAGCGAUGCGAAGCAACGGCUGGACUACAAAGAAAGCAAUCCAGAUUGGCAACCAAUAUCGACGUUGGUUAAGCGUUUUUACCUGA